AUGGCAAUCGAGGAAGGCCCCGGGGCGUCCGAGAGCGAACGCGGAGGCGGCAAAGCCAUCCACACGGGAUGGAAGGGUUCUUCCCGUCGGAGUGCAGGAAUGACGACAGAGACGAGACGAUACACGUCCGAGUCCCAGGAGAUCCGAACCCAGGUGAGUGGCCGAACUCGUGUGAACGACCGAACUCGUGUGAAGAACCGAACUCGGGUGAAGAACCCAAAGGGAGCAAAUAUUAUGGAAACGCUGCGGCAACGCAAACUGCCGCUCCCAGAAACGACGACGACGCCUAACGUCACGACGGUGACACCUAACGUCACGACGGUGACACCUAACGUCACGACGGUGACACCUAACGCGUACCGGACGCUGCCGUUGAUCACGCCGAGCGUCAAGGUCAGGCGGGAUCUUCCCACGGGAUCUUAUCUCAAAUUGCUCUAUCCUCACGAAUACUCUUCUCACCAAGACUUCUUCGAUCAAGACAACAUGAGACGAAAGGUAACGCCUGACGUCGCCGUCACUCCGUCUCGAGAUGCAUGCAUUCGAGACUGCCAUUCUCGGUCGUCGCUGUUCCGGGAAUAA